GACUGUGUUUGCUGUCCAGCGAUUUCCAGCUGCUGUAGCCUAGAUUUCAGCAAGCUUUUCGGUAGAGUUAACUGCUGUCCUUGACUUAGGAAGUCUUCCUAGUGACCCCUAACACCCAACCAUGGAUCCUACCCAUUUGCAAACCACUUUAGACAUGAUUAUGGGUCAAUUAGGAACACUUACACAACAAAUGAAGGAUACCCAAACGAGUGUAGCUGAACUUAGACGACAUACGGGAGAAAGACUAGAUAACAUUGAAAGAAUAGGUCACCCCGCUCUCUACACUCCCUCCCGUCCACAAUCUCCUUACGGCGAUGAUAAUCGAACGGAUUACGGACACCAUCGAGAGUUUUACCGACCUAACCCCCGACCCAACCAUGAUCAGGUAGGAAGAGAAGCCCCUUGGAGAGACAACGAUGCCCAACUCCUCAAAAGUAUUAAGGUAGACGCCCCGAUGUUUGACGGUACGUUAGAGCCUCAACUCUUUCUUGACUGGAUUAAGGGAAUGGAUAGCUACUUCAAGUGGUACAAUAUCUCGGAAGAUAAGAAAGUUAAAUUCGCUGAGAUGAAGUUGACUGGUAGGGCGAAUCAGUACUGGACCAAUGUAGAGCACAUGAGGGAAACGCGAGGCGAGUACCCCAUUGCUGACUGGGGAACAAUGAAACAGGAGCUGAAAAGGAAAUACCUCCCUCCCUCAUACUACCCAAGACUUCUAGAUCGAUGGAAUAGGCUAACCCAAGGGAGCAAGACCGUCAAGGAAUAUAUCUCGACCUUCGAUGAUUUCCUGAUUCGUUGUAACGGAGAGGAGACUACCACUCCUACGCAACUCCUGUCAAUGUUCAGAGCCGGAUUAAGAGAAGAUAUUCGAAAUGAACUCUUUGCUAGGGGAGUGAACACAUACGAAGCCGCCUGUAGUCUUGUUUUGGACUUAGAAGAAUCUAGGAGCCACGCCCCUAGAACCCAAGACUCUAGACCUAACCCCUACAAGUCUUCCUCUAGCCAACCGUACAACAAACCCACUGGACCCUCAGGUAGUCGGCCUGCUCCUAACCAAACCCAACCUCGAUCCGAUUCUAAAGGGAAAACGCCAGACCGAGAGACACCCAAGACCACAGCCGGCACUAAGUGUUUUAGGUGCCAUGGGUAUGGACACAUUGCGUCUCAGUGUUCCAGCCCGUUUAAGGUCACGAUAAUUGAGGAAGUGACGGAGGAAGAAGACGAACCUGACGUUGAGCUUGUCCACCACAUGGACGACGACGAGGAAUAUUUCGAUGAGGACGAUACUCCCGUGGUCCACUGUCUCCAGAAGGUGGAUCGCUUAGAUCUGCAAGUUGUAAGGUGUGCCUUCUCUCAACCCAAACCUAGUGAUGACUGGAGAAGAACUGCAAUCUUUUACACUUUCACUAAGAUCAGCGACAAGAACUGUAAGGUUAUAAUAGAUAGUGGAAGUUGUAUUAACGCUGUAUCCUCAGCCAUGAUCUCUAGACUUCAGCUGAAGACCACACCCCACCCCAACCCUUAUAAAGUCGCCUGGAUUAAUUCAACGACUCUGGAAGUGAAAGAUAGGAGUCUCAUUCCUAUUGAAUUCAUCGGAUACAAGGACAAAAUCUGGUGCGAUGUGUUAACUAUGGAUGUGGGCCAAAUCAUCCUUGGCCGCCCCUGGCUUUUUGACAAUGAUGUACACAUCUAUGGCCGUUCAAACACCUGCGUGUUUGAACACGAGGGCAAGAAGAUCAAACUCCUCCCCACCCAACCCAAAUCUACAAGGGACAACAUCAAGCCAAAUUCUCUUAAACCCAACACGGGCCUGAACCUUCUAACUGCCAAAGACUUGGACACUGAGCUAGGAUCUGGAACACCUCUUUACGCGUUAGUAGCUCGGGAAGUAAGUGUAGAUCACGAUGAACCUAUCCCCGAGAAAGUAAAACCUCUGCUUGAAACUUUCGCCGAUGUCUUCCCUGAGGAUUUGCCAUACCAACUGCCACCCCUUAGGGACAUCCAACACGCCAUCGACUUAGUCCCUGGAGCCUCCUUACCCAACCUGCCUCAUUACCGUAUGAACCCAACUGAGCACGCAGAGCUCAAGAAACAAGUGGACGAGUUGCUUCAACGAGGGUUCAUCAAGGAGAGUCUCAGUCCGUGUGCGGUUCCUGCCCUUCUUACCCCUAAGAAGGAUGGAUCGUGGAGAAUGUGUGUCGAUAGCCGCGCUAUCAACAAAAUCACGGUCAAAUAUCGGUUCCCAAUCCCACGCCUGGAUGACAUGCUAGAUAUGAUGACGGGAGCCACUCUUUUCUCUAAGAUCGACCUCAAAAGUGGGUACCACCAGAUCAGGAUCCGCCCGGGAGAUGAAUGGAAAACGGCUUUCAAAACCAAAGAUGGAUUAUACGAAUGGACAGUGAUGCCCUUUGGUUUAAGCAAUGCCCCGAGCACGUUUAUGAGAGUUAUGACCCAAAUCCUCCGACCUUUUCUAGGAAAGUUCGUGGUUGUAUACUUUGACGAUAUCCUAAUUUACAGCAACUCGGAAGAACAGCAUUUGGAUCACUUAAGGCAAGUCUGUGAAACGUUGAGGAAAGAACAAAUGUUCGCCAACCCCAAGAAGUGUACCUUUUUGACUGAUCACGUCAUUUUUCUUGGAUUUAUCCAACUGCGAAUUCUUAAAAAUCUUCUUCGUUGUAUCCUGCACUAA